AGCCUGUGGACAACCGUGGCUCAUGGUCAGAUACUGUCAUAUAUCUCUGUAAAAGGAGCAAAUUCGGUCGUGUUUUUAAUAAAAAUGGGUAAAUAGCCAAAAAAAGUCAGAGAAAAUGAGUGUUGUGGAAGAGGUGGAAGAUCCUCGAUGGAGUAUAAGAGAGAAGUGUUUCGACUGCAUCAGAGGUCCAAACUUGAUAAAAACUAUAGUGAUCUUAGGAUGUAUCGGAGUUGUUCUGCAACAGAUAAUAGCAAGCAUACAGAAGAUGAUUGACAUUCCUAUCACCACUUACACCCACUUUGACUUCAACAAGACCCUGGACUACCCCAGCAUCACACUCUGCAGGGACCCGCCGUACAAAUAUGAUACAUUGGAUUACUACAAUCUUUCCGGUCACCCUGGGUUUCAAGAGGAAUGGCGAAAAUUUGAUUUUGAGAAUAAUGACCUUGACGAAGUGUGGGACAACAUCACGUUUAAUGCGGACGACAUAUUCGUGCAGUACGGACUCCAUAAAUUACCGAGUAAUGUGGAUUUAACACCCGUAAUGGGUUUCGAAAUGGGUCGUUGUUACACUAUGUCUCCAAAGAGCGGUGUUAAACAUGUGUCCCAGGCGGAAGGCUAUUCCAUGACCAUGCGACACACUGCCCGCGAUUUAGAGACUACCGUCAGUAUCGACCCACCAGGGUACCGUGUCUACAUACACUAUACCAGGGAGCCUUUCACAGAAGUGAAGGUGUACAACGGCGGGAUGGUGGAGUACUUGUACCUGAACGUGGGCGAGAUGCUGCGGGUGAAGGUGACGGUGGACGAGUACAAGAUGAUCAGCAGGAGCGACGCCCCCUGCACCAGCAGGCGCAACUACAGCGCUAAUGAGUGCACCACCAGAUAUAUUUGGGACCUGGUAACUAAGGAUGUUGGCUGUUCAGGCCCUUGGAUGGAUAGUCCACUGCCUCGCUGUAGCAAUUUUACCACUAUAAGGAGCCUUAUCAUUAAAUAUAGGGACAUCUACAGAGACCACACUUACUCGUCCUGUCCUCGUAUCUGUCGCUCGCUCCUGUACAAUGGCUACGUGACGGACAGACAGAAACAUUACUUUUGGGACAGCAAGACCAAAGUGUGGUCGACGACCAUCGGUGCCGCAGCUCUGGAGACACAUUUACACGUCAACUUCAACAGCAUGAUGGUCUCUGUGUACGAGGAGCGCUACAACUACGACUGGAACCUGUUCGUGUCUGACCUUGGAGGCAGUAUUGGCUUCCUUCUCGGUCUCUCCGUGAUAGGUCUGAUGCAGAUCGUCGGCAAGACGUGGCGUUACUUCAUAAAGCCGUUAAUCAAGUGUGACAAGAAGUCCAGCUCUGUAAGCAUCACGUCUGCCGCCACCGCUGAUGUGAAGACCAUCAGGCAGGAUUACAUGAACACCUGGAAUGACAAGAAUACAGCUGUUAAUAAGACUUAAGCUUAUAGUAAUUUAUGCUUUAUCUCUUGUGGUAUUGGGACCAUAUUUCUUUGUUAAAUUUGAAUUGUGUUGGAUUUA